CUUUACUUAAUUAACGUUUUAGAAUACACAUGUCCUGCAAACACAUUUUGUUAGCUUUGAAUGCUACAAACAUGGGAUCUUCCAAUAGAUACAUAAUUCCUAGUUUAGCAGCCGUCAUUUUUGUACUCAUCGUUUUCUCAACUAUAUUGGAACGGGACUUCUCCCCAGAUCGAAUGAAUCAUAAAAACGUUAUCCAGGAUAGCAGGCCGAAACGGAUAAGUGCAAUACAUUCAAAACAAGAUGCAGAUGUAAUACAAACUGAUGAAACUACAGAGUUAAAAACUGUUGUUGUUGACAGUGAGUCAAGUGAUAUAGUGAAUAAUAAUGAGUUCAAAGCUGUACUGGAGAUUACGAAAGCAAAUGACAGAACAUUGAAUGAAGCGUUGCACAACAUUAGAGUAAAUGGAAAGGAUGUUCACAACUUUUUAGACAUAGAGAAAAUAAUACAUACUGAUUUCUAUAAAAACCUUUCCAAGAUUUCACGAAAAUGGAAUGAAAAAAGAGUAAACACAUUGACGUUAACUGGACCCUAUCUAGCCCAAAUAUUCAACUGGCUCGUUAGCGCACAUUUGCGACUUAAGGAACCAAUUGGAACGACACUAUUAGUAACACCAGAUAAAAAAUUGAAACACUUUCUAGACAACAGAAACAUCGACUGUAUUUGGGUAGAUACGUCUGAGUUUAUGCCUUCCCUUUUAAGCGAAGAUUGUAACUUCCCGAAGUGUAUCUGGCAUAUUCGCCUGAUGGUGUGGCGGUCGUUAAACCACCUUGGGUUUGAUGUGGUCAACUAUGAUAGCGAUGCCUUGCCACUCCUUAACCCAAAUCCACUUUUUAAUAUGUUUCCAAAGAGUGAUAUCAUAGGAGCGAAGGGAAAUAAGAAAGGAGUAAUUAGUCAAACAUGGACUUUAGCACUCAACAUGGGAUGUGUGUUAUUUAAGAGCUCCCUGGAGAAAUCGUCAUUUUGGGAGUUUGGUCACAACUAUACGAAGACACUGAAUUCUCUGAACACUGAUCAAGGAAUAGUGAACUAUAUACUUUACGGAAUGAAUACAACUAGGUCUAAAUCCAUCACCAACCUAUGUAGUGGUCCCACGUGCUCUGAUUGGGUUUGGGAAGGGACUGGAAAUAAUGGCCUAAAGGUGACAAUUCUGUCAAAAGAAUUGGCGUGCAGGGCUGUUGCAUGCAAGACUGCAGUCAACCUAAGCACUGUUACCGUGUGGCAUCCGUCUAAGAACGCCGAUUCAGCCGGGGAUGUAUGGUUUCUUAAAAAUGACUGGCAGAGACAUCUUUCUGCAGCUGACCCAUCAGUUCCAUUUCUAUCCUGGCUUUCUAAUAUUGCAAACUUUUCAUCAUUUGAUUUGUCAACCUUUAAUCAUACGCUUUGAUAACUACAGCUAUACAUGUACACAUAGAUGUCAGAGAAAUCCAAGUUCAUAUGUUAUUGCAUUUUUGAAUUAUAUCACUUUUGUCACAUUCAUCCAAUCAAGUCAAUAAUUAUAUUGAUAUAAACCAAUAGAGCUGGCCAAAAAAGGUCACAGAAGAAGACGCUUAUAGUAAAAUCAGUCCUUACAAGUUACGGAAUAGAGUUAAGAGUAGGAAUAGAAAAAUUGUCACAAGUUUAUUUGAAAACAUUUUAGCUAAACAGACGUUUCAUCGACGACCCAGCUUUACUCAGGGGCAAUUGAAGUCCAAGUUACUAUUAUAAUAUUGCUUAACCGCCACUACAGUUUUUAAAGCUUUGAGACGUGUACUAUAAUCACAUCGAGAGUUCAUGUCUCCAAAGAAUCGAACAGGAAUAUGUUCACGCCACUAUGGCUAUAAGUACAGGGUGGUCCGAAAAUGGGACACUAGUAUUUCAAAAAUAAAUAUUGUUUUUAUUGAUGAAAAUAUCCAUAUCAAAUAUUGCGUCACCCUCGCAUCAAAACGGUGUCCCAAAACUUGCAAAAAGCAUGUUUUUGUCAAAUGUACUCCAGAUGUUCGCAAAUAUGUACAUUUUAUUAAACAUAUGAUACUGAUACACGUUUGUGGUUAAAAUGUCGUGGGAAUUCUGCCUACAACGUGU